AUGGCUAUCCGCCUUGUCACCUUCGAUGCGAUGCAUACCCUGCUCGUCGCGCGGCUUCCUGUCUACGUGCAAUAUUCCCGGACGUUUGAACCCUAUCUGGGCAUUCUCGAACCAGGCGCGCUCAAGAAGUCGUUCAAGACAGCACUGAAGCAGCUCCAGCAAGAGAAGCCUGUGUAUCAAAGUGGUGCGACAGGCUGGUGGGGAGAGGUCAUCCGACGGACUGCUGUGGGUGCCGGCGCAGACCCCCAAGUUGUAGAUCGUUCACUAGCAGAGAUCGUUCCCAGAUUGUUGCACUGUUUCAGUUCACGCGAAGGCUAUAAGUUGUUUGAUGACUCUAUGCUUGCCUUAAAGCGCCUCAAAGAAGUCAACGUCCAUACUGGACUGAUCAGUAAUACUGAUGUGCGCAUGCACCGAGUAUUAGCGGAUUUGGGCGUACACCAAUACCUUGAUGUCACUCUGCUUAGUGAAGAAGAGGGCAUUGAGAAGCCUUCACGCGAGAUUUUCCUUCGGGCAUGUUCCAGAGUCGGUGUCAAACCUCAAGAGGCCGUGCAUGUCGGCGACGAAUUGAGAGGCGACUAUCGCGGUGCCAAGGACAGUGGAAUGUCUGCCUUUCUGCUCAGACGUCCUGGCCCAGAGGGAGAGUGGGAGUCCAAAGAGGACGGUGAAAAUCUGGCAGGCGUCGACGUAGUUCCAAGUCUGCUCGACGUUGUAGAAUGGGUGAAGCAACGGAAUGGCUCUUAG